CUUAGUUAGAGAGAGAAAGCUUGUUUUCACGUAGCAGCCAUGGCGGAUGAAUACUACACACCAAUCUCAAAACCCAAUCAAACAAACUCUCUUUGGAAAUUAAAAGCUAAGAUUUACCCCAUUCUCUUAAUCACUUUCCUCUGUUCCAUUUCCUAUUAUCUGGGUUUCUGGCAAGGCGGUGGCUCCUCCACUUUUUCCGGCGUCACCAGACUCAACUUCGAAGAACCGAUCCCAUACAUUUCCACCGUCAAUUCUAACUCAUCGGUGGUCGGAGCAAAUCUAGAUUUCUCGUCUCAUCACUCGGAGGAUGACGGAGUCGCCGGAGUUUCUGCCGCCGACGAAGAUAACGUUAAGAUCUACCCGCCGUGUGAUGUUAAGUACAGCGAAUACACGCCGUGUCAAGACGUUAAGAGAUCGGCGAAAUUCCCAUUGGAUAGACUUAUAUUCAGGGAAAGACAUUGUCCGGCGAAGACGGAGCAGCUUAAGUGCCGUGUACCGGCGCCCUACGGUUACAAAACCCCAUUUCAAUGGCCACAUAGCAGGGAUUUGGCUUGGUAUGCAAAUGUACCUCACAAAGAAUUAACAGUUGAGAAGGCGGUUCAAAACUGGAUCCGAUACGAAGGAGACCGGUUCAGGUUUCCGGGUGGGGGAACCCAGUUCCCACAUGGAGCUAACAAAUACAUAGACGAUAUCGGAAAACUCAUUGAUCUCAAACAAGGUGAAAUUCGGACCGCAGUGGAUACCGGAUGCGGGGUAGCAAGUUGGGGAGCUUAUUUACUAUCUCGGAAUAUAACAGCAAUGUCAAUUGCUCCAAGAGAUAGCCAUGAAGCUCAAGUUCAGUUUGCAUUGGAAAGAGGAGUGCCGGCUUUGAUCGGAGUUCUUGCUUCGAAAAGACUUCCAUACCCUUCUAGAGCAUUCGAUAUGGCUCAUUGUUCACGAUGUUUGAUUCCUUGGGCUCAAAAUGAUGGUGUAUUGUUGAUGGAAGUUGAUCGAAUUCUCAGACCGGGUGGAUAUUGGGUUUUAUCAGGUCCACCGAUUCAAUGGAGGAAACAAUGGAAAGGAUGGCAAAGGACGAGGGAAGAUUUGAAUGCAGAACAAACAGCUAUUGAAGAUUUAGCUAAAAGUCUUUGUUGGGUGAAAUUGAUUGAGAAAGAUGAUAUAGCCGUAUGGCAAAAGCCUAGAAAUCAUUUGGGUUGUAAAACCAGUCGUCAAAUUUGCUCAAUUUCGAACAAUGUGGCUGACCCAGAUCAAGCUUGGUAUACAAAUAUGGAAACUUGUUUAACCCCUGUUCCAGAUGUUUCCCAAGACCUGGCGAAAUGGCCGGCGAGACUCAAUUCGAUUCCUCCGAGGAUUAAGUCAGGGAGUGUUAAUGGGGUUACUGGUGAAUCAUUCAUGGAAGACAGUGAAGUUUGGAGGAGAAGGGUUUUGCGUUAUAAGAAUGUUAACAGUGAGUUAAGGAAACCAGGUCGGUACAGGAAUUUGUUGGACAUGAAUGCUAAUUUGGGUGGUUUUGCUGCUGCACUUAUUAAUGAUCCUGUUUGGGUUAUGAAUGUGGUACCGGUUGAGGCUAAUGUAAACACUUUGGGAGCUGUUUAUGAACGUGGGUUGAUUGGAACUUAUCAUAGUUGGUGUGAAGCUAUGUCAACAUACCCAAGAACAUAUGAUGUGAUUCAUGCAGAUUCAGUGUUCUCACUUUAUGAGAACAAAUGUGAAAUGGAAGAUAUAUUGUUGGAGAUGGACAGGAUAUUGAGGCCAGAAGGGAGUGUGAUAAUCAGAGAUGAUGUUGAUUUGGUGUUGAAGGUGAAGAAGAUUGUUGAAGGAUUGAAAUGGGAGAGUCAAAUUAUUGAUCAUGAAGAUGGACCUUUGAAAAGGGAGAAACUUCUAUUUGCUGUCAAAACAUAUUGGACUGCUCCUCCUCCUCAUCAACAAAAUUAAUCUUUUCUUAUUGUAGCUACUACUUUUUUACUAUAUCUUUUCUUACUUUUUUUCAUCAUCAUAUUUUCUGUUUUACAAAGUUUUUAAAAAAAUGGAUUUUUUUCUUACUUGGGUAUUCAGUAUUAUUCACUCAUCAUGCAUCUAUUUUGACUGUUAUUGUAAUUUCUGAUAUGUGUAUCCUUUUAAUUUUAACAUUUAUUAUUAAUAUAC